AAACCGGUUCGACAGGUAACAAAUAGGUGGGUUGUCACCGUUAUUUCCCAACGCAUGCGCCAUCGCUCUCCUGGCCACUCCAAGCUAAUUAGAUCAGAUCAACACCCCCACCCCACCCCCGCCCGAGCCACCAACACACACCGCCGCGAGCCAAUAAAGCGUGAACCCGUCCGUCCAGCUCGCACUUGAAGACAUCGCAAGCGGCCGCAGGGACGCCAGUCGAGCCAAGGGACGCUCACUGGGCGCUUCUCGAUCCGGGUGCACCUGGCUGCACCCGCUCUGCGGGCACCGGCGACCUUCGGCGGAGUUGGAAGCGCCACGCGCGGUCCCUGGUACUCUUUUUCCUCAGAACGUGGGCACGCCUCGGCGACUCCUUUCUUGAACUGUCCCCAUUCCCGCGCCUCAGCCCCGAAAAGGUGGGACGGCCACCCGGACUCGACUUACGGGAGCGAAGCGCACCGGGCCAGGAGGGAUCGAAGAUGCCCCGUGCGUUCCUGGUGAAGAAGCCAUGCGUCUCCACGUGCAAGAGGAACUGGAGCGAACUCCCGGACGAGGAGCGCGGCGAGAUCUACGUGCCAGUCAGCCUGGGCUUCUGCCCACCACCACCCUACCGGGAACCAGAGCCAUCGGUGGCCGAACCCCCGCCUUGCCCUCUGGCUUUGGACAUGAGCCUUCGGGACUCCAGCUAUAGUGUGGCCCCGGGGCCCUGCGUGGUGGCCCAGCUGCCCCCUGAAGAUGUGAGCCAUCUGACAGAUCCCCAGAGCAGAGACCAGGGGUUCCUACGGACCAAGAUGAAGGUGACCUUGGGGGACAGUCCGAACGGAGACCUUUUCACCUGUCACAUCUGCCAGAAGGCCUUCACUUACCAGCGCAUGCUGAACCGACACAUGAAAUGUCACAACGAUGUCAAGAGGCACCUGUGCACGUACUGUGGGAAGGGCUUCAAUGACACCUUUGACCUCAAGAGGCACGUCAGAACCCAUACCGGUGUGCGGCCCUACAAGUGCAGCCUGUGUGACAAGGCCUUCACCCAGCGCUGCUCUCUCGAGUCUCACCUCAAGAAGAUCCAUGGCGUGCAGCAGAAGUAUGCGUACAAGGAGCGCCGGGCCAAGCUCUAUGUGUGUGAGGAGUGUGGCUGUACCUCUGAGAGUCAGGAGGGUCACGUCCUGCACCUCAAGGAGAACCACCCCGACAGCCCGCUGCUACGCAAGACCUCCAAGAGAGUGGCCGUGGCCCUGCAGAACACUGUCACUUCCCUGCUGCAGGGCAGCCCCCACCUCUGAGCGGCGCAGGCCCCAGGAAGGACCAGGUUCACCUCCCUGCAGCCUCCUGCCAGAACACCCAGGCACCCCUGCGCACUCAGGCACUGGCUUCUGCUCACUUUUGGAAGUCUGUCUUACAGGCAGAGUCCUUCUGAGUUUGAGACCAUGGGGGCCUGUGUUUGGGCAGGGGUGAGGCCAAGUGAUUAAAAACAGCUGCUGAGAGAGACAGGCCCUGCUUCCUUGCAGCAGAACUCUGGAGAUGUGCUGAGGGGGAGCCUGAGUACAAGAUGGGCAAUGGAGCCGAUGGACCGCAGAGCCAAGACACCAGCUAAGAGCAGCCCUGCAGACAGACUACUGUGGCGGCAAAGGCGGGCAGAGGCUCACUGCCUGCAGGGCUAAUUCUCAGGGUUCCAAGGGCUCUGCCCUUUCGUCAGAGGCCCACAUGUGUACAGCCAUGUUGGUGCUUGUGUGCGUGUGUGUGUCACACUGCUUUAUGUGUGACUUAGUCACAUGUACACCUAUGGCCUUCCAUAUCACCUCAUUCUUAAGAGACCAACCACAAGGUGCCAAGGAGGUUUUAGUUCCUUUUUUUUAAAGAUGACAAAUGUACAGAUAUUAAUAUAUUUUUGGUGCCCACAGUAAGACUGUUUUUUAAAAGGGAUGGAGCUGGCUUUUUCUCCAACCCUAUUGAUUCUAUUUAUCCUGGACAUUUCAAACCUCCUCUGUGCCUUGGUUCUGGGGUGGUGAUGCAGACUCACCCUGAUCUCUGAGCUGUUCCAUUAAAGACCUUCCUGCCCUGCCCAGAAGAUGAAUUGUUCCUCCUGCCCUGCCCCUGGACAGUGCCUCACCUCUCUCUCUCCCUUCCCUGGCUUCACUUCCUUCCACAUGCUUCUCCAGGCCCCAGUUUUCCUGGUAAGCCUGAUGAUGGCUGACUGGGUGUGGCUAAGGCUGGGGGUGGGUCCUACUUCGACCAUAUGGGCUGGUAAUUUUUUCACACCAAGUCCAAGUCUACCGUCUAAAGUACUAAGACAAGGGCAGGAACAGGCUGGGAGUCUGAGUUUUUUCCUGGCCAAGUCAAAAAUUCUUGAGCAGCAGCAAAAUUUGAGACAGAAUAAUAAUCCACAUACCAGAAACUUUGAGAGGGAGCCUGUCUGAUGGUUAAUAAAGCAUCUCUGUUGUCUUCUGUUUU